AUGGGACGCGGACGAGCUUACCGGCGUGGACACGGGCGCGGCGGGCGCGGCGGAUCGAAGCGGUCCGGUGAGCGCCACGGCGAGUACACGUCGAUCGAGCAGACCAACCCAAAGUUUGAGGCGUACUACCGCGACCAGGGCAUUGUGCCCCUGGAUGAGUGGGAGGCGUUCGUGGAAGCGAUGCGGGCGCCGCUGCCGACGACUUUCCGCAUCACGUCCGGCAAGCCAACGUCUCGUCAGCUACUCGAUGCGAUGCACACGACCUUCCUUCCGUACCUGUCCAACGUGACUUUCGAGGGCGAAAAGGUCACGCCACCCCACCAGCUCGAAUGGUACCCUGAGGGCCUCGGAUGGCAUCUUGACGUGCGCAAGAAUGUCUUGCGCAAGUCGCCCGAGUUCAAGCGUUUUCAGCAGUUCCUCGUGCACGAAACAGAGGUAGGCAGUAUCUCACGCCAGGAGGCCGUGUCGAUGCUGCCGCCCCUCUUCCUCGACGUGCGUCCCGAGCACCUCGUCCUCGAUAUGUGUGCGGCGCCGGGCUCUAAGACGGCACAGCUGAUCGAGGCGAUUCACUCGCCUCUCACGUCGUCGCCGGACGCCUUCGACCCAAUGCCCCUUGGUGUCGUCGUCGCGAACGACUCGGACACGAAACGAGCUCACAUGCUUGUGCACCAGUCCCAGCGCCUGCCGUCGCCCAAUCUCUGCGUGACCAAUGUCGACGCCAGCAACAUGCCAAACAUCCAGGUCUCGUGGAAAGGCGAGCAGCCGUCUGACCCGAUCGAGCAGCGCGAGCUCAAGUACGACCGCAUUCUCGCCGAUGUGCCAUGUUCAGGCGACGGCACACUCCGCAAGAACCUCGCGAUCUGGAAGGACUGGACGCCCAUGAACGGCACGGGCCUGCAUGCUCUCCAGCUGCGCAUCCUGAUCCGUGGCCUGAUGCUGCUGCGCCCAGGCGGCCGACUCGUGUACUCGACGUGCUCCCUGAACCCCAUUGAGAACGAGGCCGUAGUCGUCGCAGCACUCCGCCACUUUAAGGGUGACGUGAGCAUUGUGGAUGCCUCAGGUAUGCUUCCGGCUCUCCAGCGCCGCCCAGGCAUGACAUCGUGGAAGGUCGCGCCAGGCCGUGGAGCUCAUCUUUUCAAGGGCGCAGAGAAAACAGACGAGUCCGCCAUUCCAUGGAUCGAGUCAUGGGACGCACUGUCUGGCCUUGACGCUGAUCUCGCGUCUCGCACGCCCCAAAGUCUAUGGCCACAGGGUGACGAAGAGACAUGGCACCUGGACCGCUGUAUCCGUGUAUACCCUCACAUGCAAAACACCGGUGCCUUUUUCGUGACGGUGCUCGAGAAAAAGAGCGCCGCAGACGCUGUGUCGCUCGCUCCAGGAAUGGCCCGUGCGAUGGAAAGCAUGGCCGCUCAACACGCCGAGGCUCCCAGCGCCAAGCGUGCCGCCGACGAAGAACCAGAGCACGAAGCCAAACGGGUCAAGCAGGACGAGACUGUGCCGCAUAUCGUGCCUGUCGAUAAACACCGCAUGGACCGUGAUGCUAAGCGACGCGCUCAGCUCGCUGAUGCCCCCAUUGGCGCUGGUGGUAUGCCAUAUCGCGAGGAUCCCUUUGUAUACGUCCAUCCAUCAAAUGCUGAAGUGCAGUCGUGCGUCAAGUGGUUCGGCCUACACGACUUCCCUGUCGCCAAUCUCCUUGUACGCAACUCAGAGUGUGUACCGCUUCGCAGCGUGUACCUAACGUCCAACACGGUUCGUGCGAUCGUUGCUGGCGGGGGUCCAGGUGCCGGUGUACAUCCGGCCCAAAACCCUCUCAAGAUCCGCCUGCUGAACUGCGGUGUCAAGGUAUUCGGUCGACAAGAAUCGGUCAGUAAAGCAACGCAAGCACAGCUUGCUGCCUCAAGCGACGAUGCUUCGCAGCGCCGUGAGAAUAUGUCGUCGACAUUGGCUUGCCGCUGGCGCGUGGUCAGCGACUCACUGCAUUCAAUGCGCCCCUUCUUGAGUGACAGGGUCGUUCUAAAGGCCACUUUGUCCGAUCUCGCCUUUUUUAUUCGCGAGUAUUAUCCCGUGCUCGACAACAUUCCUGGCACUGUGGGAGAAUUUUUGCGCACGGCCGAAAUGGGAAGCUAUGUCUUGGAUAUCGAACCCAGUGAGCAUGAAGGACACAAGUUGGAUGUCACCUUGUCUUAUCCUAUUUGGCGCUCCAUGGCAUCAGCUAAUCUCAUGCUCGAUAAGCAGGAAAAGAGUGCACUAUCCCUUCGCCUCUUCAAUACUGACGUGUCGAAUCCAGAAGGCCAACGUCACUUUUCCGCCAAUCCCCAAGAGAGGAGGCAAAAGGAGCAUGAGCAAGAAGAUGAUUCUUCGAAAGAAAGUAAGCAGCAGAUAGAGUAA